AUGGAACGAUUUGCGGCAAUGUCACUGUUUCAGCCGUCUAACUUAAGACGUGCAAUUUCUGAGUCCAUGGAUAAGACUACAAAACGCAUGAAAUAUCACCUUUUGGGAACAAUGAUGGGUGUCCCUCAUACCAUCAUGGCACGGAACUUGGGGUUGUUGGGAUUUGACUUUGUUUUCGUGGAUGCCCAGCACGCUCAGGGCAAAACCGUGACGAUAGUACGGGUGCCGAAUCUUCAUUCUGAGCUGAUUACGCACGCGCUUGAUGCAGGGGCAGCUGGUAUUGUUUUCCCGCAUGUGGAUACCGCCGAGCAAGCCGAGGAGGCUGUCAAACUGGUCCGUUACCCUUGCUCUGGGGGCCACCGUUCACUCGCCCCGGCCACUUUAAUCCCCGGCAAGACCGACAUGGCACCACCUGGCAGCUCGCCCGAGCAAGUUGCGGAUAACAACAUCGCCGUAAUUUGUCAGAUCGAGAGCCCCCUUGGUCUUGAAAAUGCUGAGGCUAUCGCGAGAACACCUGGUGUUGAUUCAUUGAUGAUGGGCCCUGGUGAUUUUCGUCUAUCGAUUGGCCUGCCUUCAAAGCCAAUUGGGGGAAGGAAGACCCCCAUUUCAUCCAAGCACUUGAAAAACUUGUGCAAGUGUCUAGGGAUUGUCUCAAGCCUUUGA